AUGGAAUUCUUCCCCGACGGGGGCUUCGUGCGGCUUCAGAGCCGCCAGAACCGCAAGUACAUCCACGCCGACGGGGACUGGGAGGGGGUGUCCCUGCGCCCGCUCGGCCGCGUCCCAUCCCUGGAGGCGGUGUGGCGGGUGGAGCACUGGGUGUCGAGCCGGGGCCACGAGGAGGGGGUCAUCUUCCUCCUCUUCCAGAACGCCGCCUACGGCCGCUACCUCUCGUUCUCGCCCUACAGGGCGCUGCCCGGCCACCGCGGCCGCCGCUCCGUCCAGGUCGACCGCAACGAGCCGCCCAACAACCUGCUGAACGCCUACCUGUGGUGGUGGAGGGCCGAGAGGGUGGACCCCAACCAGGAGUACGUCCGCCUGCGCUACGCCGACUCCCACUUCCUCCUCCGCGCCAACGGCAGGUACCUCACCAGGAACAACGGCGUCACCGUCGACCGCAACCGACGCCGCCGCGGGCUCACCACCAUGAUGCAGUGGACGGUCCACCUCGUCCCAGCGACCCCGGCACCGCUACCCCUUCCAGUUCCAGAAGCACCACGUGAUCAGCCUCUGCAGAUUCAGGGAGGCCGCCGUGGCCUGUUGUUCCGGCGGCGCACCGGGAACCGCGGCCCCGGGGUGUAUCAGCAUCCGGCGCGGACGAUCCGGCACGUGCGGGCGAACGAGGAAGGGGAGUUCAACCAGGACCAUACCCUCUGGUCCGCGUUCGCUUCCUACGACCACUCUGUGUUCAACCUGAGGACCCAGCUGGGGCAACUUCAGCAUGACUGGAACGGGAACAUGCUCGGUUUCACGUUGUGCAUGCGGCCCGGCUCGCAUGGGAGGCUAAUGCCGCUGGUCACCGACCUGACUCGCAGCUUAGAUACCAUGUACAUCGUCGUCUUCAGGACCGGAUCACCAGGUGCUGCGGCAUUAGUAUAUCCCCAGAUAGAUGCACCAGUACAGUAGAGGAGUACGAGAGCGGAACUUCGGACAACAUCAAAAUUCAUCUCUUCGGGAACCAAAAGCAUUUAAGAUACUGUGACAUGCGAGUUGGCUUAUAGUUUGUGAAAAUUCAGCAGCUCUGAUGUGCACUACUGACCCGAAGCACUUUGAAAUACCCUUUCAGUUUCAGAACAUAAAACUGCUGAAAGCAUUGUGUGGAAGCAAUGGUAAACGGUUCUGCAAAGUAACAUCGGUUGUAGUUACCGUAUUCAUCUCUGUUGGUUGAUGAGCUGAUGGCGAGAAUAGAUCUGGCUGAUUUUGCCUGUACCUUGAUCCUGACACGUCAGAUGGCAAUGUUAAUUGAGUUUAGCUUUUAGUCAUGGACUGAAAGUCUUGGUUGCAUAAUUUGUGUGCUGAUAAAGCUAACAGGACAUCCUUCUCUUCGUUUCUUGA